CUCAAAAAAAAAAAUUGGAGUCCCAAAUCAAAACGACGUCGUUUCUCUGAAUACCGCCCUUACUGUUUUUCGCCCUUUUCUAGAAUCACCUCCAUCUCCAUCUGCUACUCCCCCAGCCCGAUUCCUUCCCCACCCGCGCCCGCUCCAAUCUUCGCUAUUUCCUUGCCAACUACUCCUUCGUCAUGGCCGACGCUUGCGCCCUAUCCCUCUUCACCGCCUCGUUCUCUCUCGCUCUCAUCUCCGUAAUCAUUACGCUCUGGAUCCUCCUCUACUUGUUCAGAAAAGACCCUUUGGUGCUAUGGGGCCAUAGCAUAAGUGAUCAGUGGGUGCUCUUCUGUUUGGUCGGCGUCUCAGUCUUGGCAGUGUGGGCCUGCGACAUGGUGGAGAAUUUGGUCAUCGGGUUUGGCGUUGGAUGCUUAGUUUGUGGGUUGCAUGCGGUUUUCAGGAAACUUGAUGGACUGUACUUAGAAGAGGAUGAUGCCGUUUGCUAUGGUUUGGUACAUUGUUUUGGAUCUUCAAGUUAGGAUAUUAAUUCAUAUUUCUUUUUGUUGGAGUGUGGCUUUGUUGAUUUUAUAAAAGGAAAGGAGGAUC